CAAAGUAGAAGGUUCUCUACGCAUAUAUAACCUGAUGACCAGUUUCGUGUCAGUACUCUCGUUUGCUUUGCAUAAUUAGUAAAAAUGACCUCUCCCAGCACUCCUCGAAGACGACCUCAGCUCGUCCAAAUUACACCACUUGUGCGCCCACCCCGCCGGCCUUCGCUUCCACACGAACCUAUACUAGUACGUCUCGAUGGCAGUGAACCGGGCUUGCAGCCAGGAUUUGAGUUACAACUCGCAAUAUAUGGUACCGAACAAGCUAAUACUCAUCCCCAACAAAUAAGCUUUGAGGUCAACACGCAUGCGAUCCCCGGAGACCCCUACGAAACCCCCUGCUUACACAGUGGAUUCGCUGUCGGAAAUUUCAACAUAACAACCAUCCCAACCAACAUUACUUGCUACUCCGCCUUGUGCGAACGCGACACCAGCGGAUUCGUUCUACACCCAUUUGAUCGCCCAAUGUGGGAGCUGAAGCGGGUCCGUAUUCCUUUCAAGUCUUCCGUUCCUUGUCCUCGCGGAGUGGGCGUAAACAUGACGGAGAUCCUCCGUGGGAACCAUACGUGCUUGAAGACCCCGGGAGAGUACAUCAGGGAUAUGGUGGGGGUUCGGUUCAUCGAUGUCGUUUUUCAUGCUAAUGGUUAUCUCCCGCAAUACAUUCGCACCCCUCUCAAGUGUUGCCAUCAGAGUACCGGUGGGCGGUAUUUCGAUGUUGCGUUCAAUGUCGCGCUCGGGUAUCAGAAGAUUCUGAUGAGAGAAGCGCCGAACAUCAGUUCCUCUCGGACGAACGCUGACUUUCCCGUCGUGAGAAAUGUGGAACAUCUGAAUUUGAUUUCACUGUAUUCGGCGGAUUCGUCGGCCCAGAUAUGGUGGGCAGAAGUCGCUCUGUGUUGUCCGGAAUCUUUUGCUGUGUAAGCGACUCAGUUAUACCGUGUAUUGUCAAGAGGUGGCAGUAGGCGAAACCAUCGCUUCGGUACUAGGUUCAGCGUGACGGGGAAAGUUCAUACUGCGCUAAGCGGUUGACCAAGAGAAGAUCCGAGUACGGGAUAACGUACACUGUAGAUAUACUUUGGUUAGGUGCCCAUGAAUAGUCGUGUACAAGACU